AUUGAUCUUAUUACACUUGUCGAAACUCGCACGUGUGAAUAUAUAUGUAUAUGUUCCCAAAUUGACAAAAUUAAUGAAAAUGACAAACAAAGAUCAAGAUACAUUUUGCAAAAAAAUGCGGAAAGCCACAAAAGAAAUUCAUACCAUCAGUGACACUUUAGUGAAUACAAAAUUAGCAUUUGGAUUUCUUGAUAAUUCUGUAUGGGCUGAUGGUCUUUUGGUUUUUUAUGAAAUUUUCCGAUAUUUGGAACUUGCUAUGAUUAGAUGGAAACAUACAGAAAUAGGAUUGUUUCUAAUUGAUGACCAACUUCUUCGUACAGAGGCUUUUGAAUGUGACCUUGCAUUUUAUCUAGGAAAAGAAUGGGAGAAAAACUACAGCCCUAGGGAUAGUGUUAUUAAAUAUUUGGUACAUUUAAGAAACAUAGAAAAUACAGAACCCAUCCUGUUAAUAGCAUAUAUUUAUCAUCUGUACAUGGGUCUUUUAAGCGGUGGAAUUAUUUUACGUAAAAAAAGGCAACUUAUGCACAAAAUUUGGCCAUUUCAAACAUUUCAAAUGAAUGGUAAUAAUAUUACAAACUUUGGGAACAGUAAUAUUUUUGAGCUCAAACAACAUAUGCGUGAUACUAUGAAUACAAUUGCGGAAAUGUUGGACGAUGAUACGAAAACUAAACUUCUUGAAGAAAGUAAAACAGUUUUUGCGUUGAAUAAUGAGAUUAUAAAAAGUGUGAGAGGUACAGGCACUGUUCUUUUAAAAAGAGUAGUGUAUUUUGUUGUUCCUGUUAUGUUAUUUAUCUUUGCCUUCUUUGUACCUUUCAAGCGAUAGAUGUAUUAAAAUAUAUAAUUUAUUGUACCAUAAAUAAUAGAAGAAUAGUUUUUAAAAUUAUGGCAAAUAUAUAUGCUGUUGAAGUUUUUAAUCAUUUAUUUCUAGAGUAAAGGAUGCGAGA